UCCACACACACCCCAAUAACCUUCCACUUUUUUUUUUUUCUUUAUAUUUUCUUUCUUUCUCAUUCUCAUUCCAAUUUCCAAACUCUUCUCACUUCUCAGAUCUUCUUCAACCAUGGCUUCCUCAUCAACUACUUCUUCUCUCAAAACACUCUCUUCUUUCUCUCUCAAAGCUUCCAACUUUCACCCAACAGCAACAAUCUUACCCUUCACUACUUCAUACUCAUCAUCAUCUCUCUCUAAAACACUGAAACUAAACAUCACCACUUCACCACACUACUCAUCAGUUCCUAAAAGGUCUUUUACUUUAAGAAGCCAAGCUCAAUCAUCAUCUGACUCAGUGAAAGUUCAAGAACUGAGUGUUUAUGAGAUCAAUGAGAGAGAUCGUGGAAGCCCUGCAUAUCUUCGAUUAAGUCAAAAGAGUGUCAAUUCUCUUGGAGAUCUAGUCCCUUUCAGCAACAAGUUGUACACAGGGUGCCUUCAAAAGCGAGUGGGUGUUCUAAUCCAAAACAAAUCAGAGAAGAAAGGGGACAGGUAUGAAGCCAUAUACAGCUUCUACUUUGGAGACUAUGGCCACAUUUCAGUACAAGGAUCAUACCUCACUUAUGAGGACACCUACCUCGCCGUCACCGGCGGCUCCGGCAUCUUUGAAGGUGCCUAUGGACAAGUCAAGCUUCACCAGAUUAUCUUCCCUUUUAAGCUCUUCUACACUUUUUACCUCAAAGGUAUCAAGGACUUGCCUCAAGAGCUUCUUUCCAAGCCCGUUGACCCAAGCCCGUCUGUUGAGCCCACCCCAGAUGCCAAGGCCUGUCACCCUCAUGCUGUUAUUUCUGGUUUCACUGACUGAGAGGAAAAAGGAACAAAAUUUAAUGUCUUAGUUGGUUUCAUGUUGUUUACUUUUUCUUCUUCCUUCAUAAACUAGACAAGCCGAAUUUAAUUUCUUUGUUGUAAUGACUUUUCUGGAUUCUGCUACGUUGACAUGAUUGUUGUUAGUGACUUGCAUAGGAUCCAAUUCAUCUUAGUUGUGUGUUUAGAGAUGAUGAAAAAUUAGACAUUUAUUGUUUAGAGGAAUAAUUAGAUGAUGUUAUCAAAAGUAAUUGAAUUAAUUUAUUUUGAUAA